CAACAUUCAAGCCCGGGGGCGGGGCCCGCGGGCUCCCGGAGGAAGCGGCAGCGCGGCAGCUGCGGGGCGUGGGGGCGGCGGCGGCGGUGGCUGAGGCCAAGGUGGCGGUGGCUGUGGCGGACACAGCGGCACCCCAGCUAGGGACAGGGCUCCGCCGCUCCCCUUUGCAGGCCCCAUGGAGGCGGCAGCGGCGGCGGCGGCGGGUGGGGGCUGCGGCUCCGGGCCGCCGCCGCUGCUGUUGAGUGAGGGCGAACAGCAAUGCUACUCCGAGCUCUUCGCGCGCUGUGCCGGCGCCGCGGGCGGGGGCCCCGGGCCUGGGCCCCCCGAGGCCGCCAGAGUCGCCCCUGGCACGGUUACUGCGGCCGCUGGCCCGGUGGCUGACCUGUUUCGGGCGUCGCAGCUGCCCGCCGAGACGCUGCACCAGAUCACAGAACUGUGUGGUGCAAAGCGGGUUGGUUAUUUUGGUCCAACACAAUUUUACAUUGCCCUGAAAUUAAUUGCUGCAGCACAAUCUGGCCUCCCGGUGCGGAUAGAGAGUAUUAAAUGUGAAUUGCCUCUGCCUCGCUUUAUGAUGUCAAAGAAUGAUGGUGAGAUACGAUUUGGGAACCCAGCUGAGCUGCAUGGAACUAAGGUUCAGAUUCCAUAUUUAACCACGGAAAAAAAUUCCUUCAAAAGAAUGGACGAUGAGGAUAAACAGCAGGAAACACAGUCUCCCACGAUGUCACCCCUCGCCUCCCCUCCUUCUUCCCCGCCUCAUUACCAGAGGGUGCCCUUGAGCCAUGGCUACAGCAAACUGCGGAGCAGCGCAGAACAGAUGCAUCCAGCUCCUUAUGAAGCUAGGCAGCCUCUUGUCCAGCCUGAGGGAUCCUCAUCAGGGGGCCCAGGAACGAAGCCCCUUCGGCAUCAGACUUCCCUUAUCCGGUCCUUUUCAGUGGAGAGAGAACUACAGGAUAACAGCAGUUACCUCGAUGAACCCUGGAGGAUAACAGAAGAACAGCGCGAGUACUAUGUCAAUCAGUUUCGAUCCCUGCAGCCAGACCCAAGCUCUUUCAUUUCAGGUUCUGUGGCCAAGAACUUCUUCACCAAAUCAAAGCUUUCCAUUCCAGAACUCUCCUAUAUAUGGGAACUUAGUGAUGCUGACUGCGAUGGAGCCCUGACCCUGUCUGAGUUCUGUGCUGCGUUUCAUCUCAUUGUGGCUCGGAAGAACGGCUAUCCGUUACCUGAGGGCCUGCCUCCAACUCUGCAGCCAGAGUACCUGCAGGCAGCUUUUCCUAAGCCCAAGUGGGACUGCCAAUUAUUUGAUUCUUAUUCUGAGUCAUUGCCGGCAAAUCAACAACCUCGUGACUUGAAUCGGAUGGAGAAGACAUCUGUUAAAGACACAGCUGACCUUCCUGUCUCUACCCAAGAUGUGACUGGUGAUGACAAACAAGCUUUGAAAAGUACUGUCAAUGAAGCCUUACCAAAGGACGUGUCUGAGGAUCCAGCAACUCCAAAGGAUUCCAACAGUCUCAAAGCAAGACCAAGAUCCAGAUCUUACUCUAGCACCUCCAUAGAAGAGGCCAUGAAAAGGGGUGAGGACCCUCCCACCCCACCACCUCGGCCACAGAAAACCCAUUCCAGAGCCUCCUCCUUGGAUCUGAAUAAAGUCUUCCAGCCCAGUGUGCCAGCCACUAAGUCAGGAUUGUUACCCCCACCACCUGCGCUUCCUCCAAGACCUUGUCCAUCACAGAUUUGGGCAAUUAUGAAUAGUGUUGCUGUGAACAUUUGUAUCCAAGUUGUUGAGUGGUCUGAACAAGUGUCGGAGGCCGAGUUACUCCCACAGCUGAGCAGAGCCCCAUCCCAAGCUGCAGAAAGUAGUCCCUCAAAGAAGGAUGUACUGUAUUCUCAGCCACCAUCAAAACCCAUUCGUAGGAAAUUCAGACCAGAAAAUCAAGCUACAGAAAACCAAGAACCUUCCACUGUUGCAAGUGGGCCAGCUUCUGCAGCAACCGUGAAACCACAUCCAACAGUCCAAAAGCAGUCUUCCAAACAGAAGAAGGCCAUUCAAACUGCUAUCCGCAAAAAUAAAGAGGCAAACGCAGUGCUGGCUCGGCUGAACAGUGAGCUCCAGCAGCAGCUCAAGGAGGUUCAUCAAGAACGAAUUGCAUUGGAAAACCAAUUGGAACAACUUCGUCCAGUCACUGUGUUGUGACCCCGCCCCAUGGUUCAAGUGACAGUGGGUGACCUUGUCUGCCAAGAUCUUUCUUUCAAAUGUUUUGAACCCAACUACAUUGUCCAUAGAUGUUUGACUGUGUCAAAAGCUAUGAGCAGCAAAAUAUAAUCCAUAUGACCUUUUCUCUUGCACUUCACUUGUAUGUUUUACUGUGGUGGAAAAAAUACUUCAACUGAUUAUCACACUUGAAAUGGUAAUUAUGAGUGGAAUUUGUCUCCUAUUCUUAAGUACUUCUUCAAGGUGUUAGAUGCUGCUCCUUACCAAAAAUCAGUUUUCUAGCAAAUAAAAAUAACUGAGAGCAUUAUUUAUUUAAAGAAUUUAUGAUUUGCAUAAAACCUUGUAACCAAGUAUCUUCAGGUACUUUCAGGAUGCUUUUUGUGUGUAUAUCACAUACAGUAGGUUGGUUUCCUGAAUAAUUGGGAUUCCAACUAGAUAGUCGUUGGUGUGACGAUAACAAAAACAAAAGCUAAAAUAAAAUAAGAGCAUCAGAUUUAGACUGGCGCUGUGCCCCUCCACCACUAUAUGCCAAAAUGGCUUCUCUAGUGCCAUUUUGAUAUUAUAUCUAGCUAUAAUAAUAUAUGACUAUUGUUUCCUCUUGAAUGUCAAAGACUUAUUGGGUCUUACACCUCUGUAAAGUGGAAGUUUUGGCAAUGAGCUAUUUAACUUGGCCAAGCUAGACCAUCAAGCCAGACAACUCAGUCCUUUUAUGUAAAUUUUGGGCAAGAGAAGUUUGCUUUGACUGCUUCGCCUGAUCAAAUUAAAUAAAUAGUUGCCAGAUCUCUACUUUUAUCCUGCAUGGGAUAAUAUAUCUGUAAGUGCAUGAGUUUGGAAACCACCCAUCAAAUAUGAAGGCUGAUGAGACUGUUAGGUCUUGAUAAACGUUUGUUGUUUGAACCCAGGUAUCCAAACUGGGGAAGAAGGGGAAGUGGUUGUUACCACAAUCUCUAGUAGUUAUUUUAAUUUUUCUUUUAACCUGGAUUGCAAAUGUAUUGGGUAUGAAGAGAUAAUGAAAGAAAGUGGUCCUCAUGGUUGAUAUAUGACUGUUUUGUUCUCUGUAAGUAUACUCUUGGGAAGUGAUUGGUUUAUAUCAGAUUCAGAGGAGCCCAAUUAACUUCAGUGUAGGUGAUGUAAGACAGUAAGCUCAAAUUGCAGAAGCCAGUAUUCUACAGAAAUUUUAAGUACCUACUGCUUCUCCUGAAAGCCCAGGUGAAAAUGGGACCACAGAGUCACAGGGCCACUGACCCUCACAGGGCACGUCAGCAUUAACACCAGAGAGACUAAUGACAAGAAAUGCUGUCUCUUGUGCAUUUUACUAAUUUCCCCAUUCUUAGGGUAUCAGGGUGGGGGUGUGUGUACAGGGUCUUUGAAGGCCGUUUUGGAUAGGUUUACAAUAUGUAGGAUUCAGCCUUUGAUUUCAAUAGAGCUGAGAGCUUUUAGAACAAGUAGGCAUUUAUUAAUGUUUCCUUCGUCCAUUGGCAAGCUUUAUCAAUAGCUUAAUGGCAGAGGAGAAAGGCUCAAACAGAUGAUGUUUUUCCACAGAAAAACAAAUUGUUGAAUCUAUUCCAUGCAUAUUUAAGGAUUUUGAAUUGAUUUGAUUUGAAAAUCAUGAAUAUUGGACUAUUUCUCUAUUCCCUUUUUUCUCCCCAUUUGCUGCCUUUUUUGUUUUUUUUUGGGGAGGGGAAGGGUUGGGAAUAAGUUUAAACUCUCUCUAAGAUUAUGAAUGGGUCAGUGCAAAGUUUUAGGCAACUGCUUUUUCCAUGUUCUGAGAUCUAGGGGACUACAACAAAUUUAUCAGCAGUUUUUUUAUUUUUAUUUUUUUAAGACAGAGACUUGCUUUGUUGCCCGGGCAGGAGUCUGGUGGCACAAUCUCAGCUCACCACAACCUCUCCCUCCUGGGUUCAAGCAAUUCUCAUGCCUCAAGCCUCCCAAGUAGCUGGGAUUACAAGGUGCCCACCACCAUACCCAGCUAAUUUUUGUAUUUUUAGUAGAGGCGGGGUUUCACCAGGUUGGCCAGCUGGUCUCAAACUCCUGACCCCAAGUAAUCUGCCCGCCUUAGCCUCCCAAAGUGCUGGGAUUAUGGGCAUGAGCCACUCUGCCUGGCUAUCAGCAGUGUUCUUACUGCAGGCAUUUCACAGCAUGUUUGGCUUUUGGUAAAUUCAAUCCGGGAAAGACUAGCAUGUGUACUUUAUCUUGUAAUCUUCCAGUACAUAUGCUCUCAGUUGGGAUAGCACUUCAUUUCCAUUAGCAGAUGUAUAAACUAAGGAAUGUUAAUCAGCACUAUUCAUUAAAAAAAUAUGGACAUGCUUUUCCCCUCCCUCCAUGAAGUCAGUGCCACAGUGAGCCAAAUUAGGAGAUUGGGGUUUGUUUGCUUGGCUUGGUUUCCAUUAACGGAAAAAAACUUGCAUUGGACAAUCAGAUUCCCCCGAGUUUCAUAACCUCAUCAAUAUUUUAAGAUAGGCAAGCACACAUUAAUAAUAUUUAUACCAACCUUCUUGGGUGGACUUAAUUGUAACCAGAGUUUAUUAGUUACUUACAAGUGGAGUUUUAAAAAAACAGUUAAGUGUGUGUGUGUAAGGCACAAGUAAUGACGCACUGCUGUUAUUACCUAAGUAGUGCUUAUCCUCUCUUUCUAUAUUUUCUUAGGAUGUGCACUUUUAAUUUAGGAUUAUAAUGCCUGAUAAUAUUUCUGUGAGCCUUUAAUGUGAUUUAUAGGGUGGCUGAGUUACUGAAAUCACCGUUAUACCUCUUCUAUAAAACGACUCCAAAAUUAGACCUGCCUGUUGGGGAGAAUUCUAUAGGCAGAAGGUCAGUGUUGCCCCCAUCUAUAGGGGUUGAAUUACCUUGCUGUUAAGUGGUCUUCCCCCAUUGGGAUCCUAUAGUCCCACAGGUGAAAGCACAGUAGUAGCUGACAGCCAGCUUAUUGGGUCCCUUGGCAUCUUGUAUGUUGCAUAAUGCUUUUGCCACUUUCUUAUCCAGCAGACAUCAAAGCAAGCCCAAAAGUAGAUAUCUGGAAUAAUGUGUAUAUUGUAAUUGAGGCAGAUAUUUACCUUAAUUGGAAGGAUCUAAUGCUUUACAAAUAUUAAGCAAGUGCUUGGGCAUGAUUGAGAGAGGAGGCAGCUUAGCUGGAAGCUGUGCCCAUCUUACUGUCACUGGAGAAUAGCAUGUCAGAGCUGGGCAGGCAGUACUGGUACCCAUCACUUACAUUUUACAUGUGGGGAAACCAAAGUCCUAAGAAACAACAGUUCCUGGCCCCAAAAAUCCAUAGAAAGAGGUAACUAGUGGCAGAUUUGGGAUGCCAGUCUGAAUUUCUGUUUUUGAGUUAGACUCUCUAAGCUUGAUCAAUACUAAAAUAGAUUAAAAGGUUUUUUUUUUUCUGUUUAUCAUGUUGAAUUUCCUUGACUUAAUUAGUCUUUAAAUUUGAAAACAUCUUUUAGGGAGUUUAGUUCUAGAAAUUUCUCUUGGAUUGAAGUGACAAAGUCUAAAAGAAAAGAAUAUGAUUGAACUAUUUGUUUUUCUGAACACCUCACCUUUUAUGAUGCAAUAAGUUACUCUGAGUUUCUUGGCAGAGAUUUUGAUAGCUGUUGCUUUCAGUGGAUUCCAUUCCUAUAUUCCUUAUGGGAGUUUUGUUUUAAAAUAGACUACUGUGAUUGAAAUGAGCUCAAUAUGUAGUUAAGUUAUAGUUUUCUUCAAUAUAUUUUAGUUACUUGGGUCACAAAUGUUCAAUUUCAGCAUAUUUUAGGGUGAGUAAUAAAAAAUGUGAAUUUGCCUUUGAUUUCCUACCACCAUCUGAACUAUCAUAGAGCAUUCUUCUCUUUAGUUGUGAUUUGAUUCUGUAGUCUGUUUCUAAAUGACAUUUGUCUGUUUCUGAAAUGAUUUCACAGCCAUGGUAAUAAUAGAUAUGUACUCAGAAGAUCAAUAAGGUAAUAUUGGAAUUUAUGUGUUUUUUGCAAUUAAGGCAGGCAUUUGCUAAUGUUUUCUUUAAGCAGUAGUUGAAAAGAUCUCAAUUACAGUAUAACACCUUAGAGCUAAAAACAUUUGUUCAACACAAACUAGAAUCACACCUUCUCACUAGAUAUCACCAAGGGAAUGUGGUUUUAAAAAAUAAAAAGAAAAGAGUAUAAUAUAUACUAGCAACUAGAUCUUCCCAUAUUAUUGACAAGUAGGGCUAUUUAGGUUGCGGUUUGAACAUUCUGAAUGUGAAUAAAAUGAAAUAAUAGUUAAGAGGUCUUUUCCCGCUCUGUUUAAAGAGAACAUUAGUAACUUUGGUUUUUCUUUUUAACUGCUUUACUGUUUCAAGUGUAUUCUUUUAAACUCUGCUUUCAAAGGAUCAGUUGAAUUUAUACUUUAUUAUGGGCGUUUUGUUAUGUUUUGUUUUGUGUCAUAACUCAGUAUCGUUCAACUUCCUAGUAAGAAGUGGGAAUUUGUGGUUUUGGAGUCCUCAGCUCACAUAUCUUGCUCCUCCUUCAGCAUAAGCUAAGCGAGAUAACCACCAGCACUGAUAGAUUAGUCAUUGAUGGCAAUUUGAAGGUGGGUAUUACUCUGUUAGCCACCCCGCUUCACUUGUUUGUAAGGAGAAAUGGAAUCCAAUUAUGUGAAUUUCCUGAGAGCAGCAGACAUGGAGGGCCAGACUUUAAAAACAAUGCAAGCAGAUUCGAAGAGCUACUGCCCUCCCCUAAAAGAGGCUUUUGGAGGCUGCCUUACAUGCAUGCCCUAAAGCAGCCAGUCUGUUAGUAUGAGUAAGACAUCCGAAGUACGUAGUUGCUUUUAGGGCUUGUAUUGUUAUUUUCUAUGUAUGCUAAUACACAUGAUGAUAAAGGAACCUUUUCUAGGAGGCAUUGCAUGAUUUCAAUACACAGGACAUGCUCUAGUUAAAGCCUUGCUCUGCUGUCAACAACUGGGGAAUGCUCAUUUUUUCAUGUUUUGGAAUACUCUGGUCUUGCUGUAAGCUAAUGUCAUGACUGUCAGAGAUUAGAGAGAGUGGGUUUAUGACUCUGAAGACCAGAAGACAUCAGACUUUAGAAGGGCUUAAAUUGGAAUUUGGGAACUACAUUAAAGAAACCUUCAGGUACCAGUUACAUCCUGAAGCACUCUGUUGAACAACAGGGCUAGAUCCUAAAGCUGUUUCAGGGAGCUCUGUCCUGGGGCUGGAACAAUUGAUGCAACAACCUCAUUGUGUGGAGACUGGAUCAACUGAGUUGUGUUAUUUUGUUUAAAGUCACCUUGUCUGAGAGCCUCAUUGCAUCUAUCUUGGGAACUGGGUUAUACCCUUUUCUUUAGCACUGCCAUCCUUUUUGUCUCAGCACAAAUAAGAUGUUCAAGUGAGCAGAGGCAAGAAGAGCCAUUUUAGUUUUCAUAGCUAUUGGCCAAGAGAGAUAAUGAGCUGAUGGUCUAUUUUAACCUGAAAGUAAAAAUGUAUAUUUUUUCACUACAAGUACAUUGAACAGUAAAAAGUAUAACAGCAAAGUAUAUAUUUGAUGCCUUCUGUCUUUUCAUGAUAAUGUGCUAACAAGUUGUGUUAAUAUUUUACUCAGCCAGAGUCUCAUUCAUUUGCUAAGCAUUGGGAACAUUAUGUAUAUUGACCUUAAACAUAGGUAUCCUAUAUUUGGAUUGUGACUUGUAAACUCAAGCUAACCUUACUGCCUCUUUUUCACACUUGUUGAAAAGUCUGUGAAGAACAUAGUAAGUUAAAGAUCUCCAACUUUGGAAAAUACACAUGAUGUGAAACUGGGGUGCUAUGUUAAAAAUAAAUGUAUGAUAACUAA